AUGGGGCUGGGCCACAGGGAGGAUCGCCGGGACAGCGGUGGCGGCGACUCAGCAGCAGCAAGGGCGAGCGGUUGGGUUCACGGUGGUGAGAAGCGGCUGCACCGGCGAGUGGCGGGGACCUCGCCGGAACAAAGAACGGCCCGUGGCGGGCCUGGACGGCGGACGGCCGCGGGCCGGACAAUGACGGCGGACGGAAUGGGGGCGACGGGUGGGCCAAAAAGGACGAGCGAGAGGCAAAACGGCAAGAAUCGAGUUGUUGUUGAGAAGUGGAUCCAAGCAAUGGAUGAAGAAAUAUACUCCAUUGAGAAGAAUGACAUAUGGGUGCUAACUUCUUUACCUCAUGAUAGGAAGCCCAUUGGUGUUAAGUGGGUGUACAAGAUGAAGUACCAACCCAACAGUCAGGUGGAUCGUUACAAAGCCAAACUGGUUGUUAAGAGCUACAAGCAAAAGCCAGCAUUUCUCAAUGGUGUCCUUGAAGAGGAAGUCUAUGUGGAGCAACCACAGGGUUAUGAGAAGAAAGGGCAUGAAAAUCAAGUUUACAAGCUGAAGAAGGCAUUGUAUGGGCUAAAACAGAACAAUAUCUCCACGAAUCUCCUCAGAGCCGUCCUCGUCGCCGUCCUCCUCGCCGUCGCCGCCUUCAUCGUCCACGUCGUCGUCGACUCCGCCCAGCCUGAUUCGAAGCUGGAGGUGUUGGAUGUUUCCUUCAAUAAUUUGUCAAAUGAUGCCUUUACAGCCACUACAGACAUCAGAAUAGAUUCCUCGAAGUUGCUCAAAGGUUUAUGUGGAUUAAGGAACCUUGAAGAGUUGGAUCUUAGCCAUAGUUGCCUUGGGGGUCCUCUUCCCCCAUGUCUAUGCGAUAUGACCUCACUUCGUGUACUUGAUCUUCAAGUUAACAACUUCAAUGGGGCAAUUCCACCGUCACUCUUCCAUAACCUCAAGUCACCAGAAUAUAUAUCUCUUUCUGGCAAUGCUUUUGAAGGCUCGUUUUCACUUGCUUCACUUGCUAACAACUCUAAACUUCAAGUAUUCGAUCUCGUCAGCAACAAGAAUCGCUUGGAAGUUGUUACAGAAUACAAAAUGUGGUCUCCCUCUUUCCAAAUGAGGGUAUUUUGCUUAUCAAACUCAGCAAUCAAUCAAGAUGCAAGUGGUGUAAUUCUUAGCUUUCUGAAACAACAGCAUGAGCUGAGAGUUGUUGAACUCCAGGACGAUGGACUGACCGGAGGUUUUCCAUAUUGGCUGUUAGUGAACAAUAAGAAUCUAAUGGAAUUGAAACUUGCACACAACUACUUCUCUGGUGCUUUCCAUUUGCCAUCUAAUCCAAAUCUUGUUGACCUGGGAUGGCUUGACGUGUCUGACAAUCUUAUUGAAGGAGUGCUUCCGUCUCAUAUUGGUUCCACUCUUCCAAAUUUGCAGUAUCUGAAUCUGUCAAGGAACUUAAUGAGAGGUAGAAUACCUCCUUCAGUGGGCAACAUGAAGAUGUUAAGAACCUUAGAUUUGUCGACUAAUAGCUUUAGAGGAGAGCUGCCAGAUGCACUAACCACAGGCUGUAUAUCCUUGAGCAUACUGAAAUUGUCAAUCAACAACUUGCACGGCCGAAUCCUACCGGGAAUUACCAACUUGACUAGUCUGAAAUGUUUGUAUCUGGAUAACAAUGAAUUCAAUGGGGACUUAUCACCCGGUCUACUGAAUAGCUCCGGCUUAAGGAUUUUGGAUGUUAGUAACAAUUUGCUGUCGGGAGGGAUCCCCGAUUGGAUUGGUGCUUUUCAAGAUUUAAAUUCUCUUGUGCUGUCAAAUAACUCACUAGGAAGUCCUUUGCCAUUGGGCUUUUGCAAAUUAGGUCAUCUCAGUUUCCUAGACCUUUCAGGUAACAGUCUAGGCCCAACUAUAAGCCCCUGUGCUAAUGUUACAUCUAUGAGGUUCUUGCAUCUGCAAGGCAUAGGGCUUGCAGGGCCUUUUCCUGAGUUCCUCUCCAGAGCUUCGUCAAUUGUCACAUUGGACCUAAGGAAUAAUGCACUAUCAGGUGAGAUUCCCAGUUGGAUUAGUUUGCUGUCAAACUUGAGGGUUCUUCUUCUCAAAGAUAACAAUUUUGAAGGCUCAAUCCCUCCACAAAUAUGUCAGCUGCAAGACAUGACCAUAGUGGAUCUCUCAUAUAAUUAUCUUUUUGGAAAAAUUCCAUCUUGUUUGAAAGAGUUGACAUUUGGAAAUCAUGGGAUGCCUAGAAGCACAUUUGAUACUACAUUUGUCAUAGUAGACGAUUGGCUGCCAUACUUGUAUAAGAGCAAAUUCACUACGACACUAAAAUAUGGCAAUGGUUUUCGAGUUGUUUGGACAGAUGAACUUGAAGAAGUGAAGUUCAUCUCCAAGAGUAGGCUGGAAUCUUAUGAGGGCAACAUCCUCUAUUUGAUGUCUGGCAUAGAUCUCUCGAACAAUAAUUUGAAUGGGUCUAUCCCUUUAGAAAUCGGUUACUUGAGUGAAAUUCUUGUUUUGAACCUGUCUCACAACCAUUUGACGGGAUUGAUUCCAGAUACAUUUUCGAAUUUAAAGAAUAUUGAGAGUUUGGACCUUUCCUACAACAGCCUAACCGGUCCGAUCCCUCCGCAAUUGAUAGAGCUCUGCAUGCUAUCAGAUUUUAGUGUGGCUUACAACAACUUUUCAGGCAGGACACCAGAUCAAAUAAAUCAAUUUGGAACUUUUCGUGAAGAAAGUUAUGAAGGUAACCCUCUUCUUUGUGGACCGCCAUUAGCAAGCUGUGAUAGCUCAAAUCAAGACCCCAAGACACUGCCAUCUUUGGAUCGUAGCUGGGAGGAUGACUCCUGGAGUGAUGCCUUCUUGUGGAGUUUCACAGGAUCGUAUGUGGUGGCAUUCCUUGGGGUGGUGGUCUUUCUCUACCUAAACUCAUACCAUCAGUAUGUGCUGUUCAAGUUUGUUCAUAAGCUGGUCCCAUCAUUUCCUCAGUAA